UAACGUCGAAUACAUACAAGUGUUCGUUCUUUACAGCUGCACUUUCUGCACUAGUGUACGUAUGUUCACGAACUGUCAGCGGUGAGAUGAUGCAGUCAGCUGCUGUGGUUGACAAACAAGCCGAAGCAAAUUUGGUUUCCCCAACAGGACGGAAAUCGAUAGAGGAGCAAAAUAAAGUUGUUGUAUCUUUGGAGCAUAUCUCUCUUUUAUAAAGAUUACUUAAUACAUUUGACACACUAUUGAAAUGAGAUAACCAAACAUUUUAAAGCUGUCACGAAUUAGGACAUGCGUCAUAUAGCACAAUAACGUAAUUUUAUGAAAGAAGAGAGAAAGGAGCUUUUUGCUCUCGAUUUAUGUCAAAAUGGGAACAACAAUCAUUGCACAUUCAAUGGAGAUGCGAAAUGCCUUAGGAUUGAUUACUAUAUUGCUGCUUUUCAAUGCUGCAGUUUCCUUCUCUCCGUCUCCAAUUGUCACCCAGGCUAAAUAUGGACAAAGUUAUCCAAACAUUAUAAAUGCUUCUGUGGAAUAUGUAUAUUUGUAUCCCGCUGCCAAUAUAUCCCUGGAAACUGCAAGGAUAAAGAUAGAAAGCAACGCAACGCACAGUUUACCAUUGAUAGUAAUAGUACGUCAAACAACAGGGAUUUUAUCUUGGCAAAUACCCUUAUUAGUCGAGAGCGCAGACAGUUCUGUAGUAUAUAAUAAAACUAGUCGAACUUUAUGCUCCACAAAGUACUAUCGACAUGCGCCAAAGGAUGAUGAUGCAUAUGUUAUUGUUGGUAUAUCUACAGCCAGCCACAAGAAUAUCUCAUUUAAUCUCAGUGUAGUGGAAGUGAUGGAUUUUUACUUAAGUUCAGGAAAUAAGAGAGUAAUAGAGAUCUCUCCAUCUGAGCCUAUAUUUUAUGGUUACAUCUUCUCGAAACAGACAGAUAUUUCCUCUGUUAUUGUUCGCGUGGAAUCGGAUAAUGAUAUCUGUAUGACUGUGUCUGUACAAAAUACAUCGUGUCCAGUGUUUGAUUUAGAACGAAACAUUGAACUCUCUGGACAUUGGCAGACUGUAAGCAGAAGAGGGGGUAUUACAAUACCGAGAGAGACUUAUCCAUCAGGAUUCUUCGUUGUGCUGGUCGUUAAAGCGGAAGAUACUGAUUGUAACGGAAUAUCCAGUAGAAAUCCUCUGCGUACAAAAAACGUCACGUUGAUUAUAAAUCCUACUAUCACGAAACGAGAUUAUAUCAUUGCAUCAGGAUCAGCAGGAGCAAUUGGAUUGUGUUUUUGUAUCUUUUAUAUAACGGCUGUGGUUGUAUUCAAUAUAAGAAAGAAUAGAGAAUUUGUAGAACCGAUAAACGAGCAAAAUCAGGAUAUCAAUGAUCAGGUGCCGAGUCCCUCGAUGCCUGGAGAGGUCAGGCAAUGGGACUCUGUGGAGGAAGAUUCGUCUCUAGACGAGGACGACAUAGAUCUAAUGGAGGAUGCUCUCUCCGAUAAGGAUGUAAUACGGACGAAGAUCGUUCUCUCAGUUUGCGACCUCGCUCGCAAGGAACCGCGAAUAUUGCGACAUAAAUCUCGUUUGUAUCUAUAUUAUUUGGCAACCGUCGCGGUAUUCUACACCCUGCCGGUUGUCCAAUUAGCGAUAACGUAUCAGCGAGUGUUACACACGACCGGAAAUCAAGAUAUGUGUUACUACAACUUUUUGUGCGCUCAUCCACUGGGUCUGCUGUCUGAUUUCAAUCACGUUUUCUCGAAUUUUGGAUACUUUUUACUGGGCUUACUAUUCAUAUUUCUAACUUACUCUCGAGAACACAACGAAUCGAAUACGGAUAUGACGAAGUGUUACGGUAUACCGCAGCAUUACGGUUUGUUUUAUGCCAUGGGCACGGCAUUGAUAAUGGAAGGUAUACUAUCAGCGAGUUAUCAUGUGUGUCCUAGUCGUAGUAAUUUUCAAUUUGACACCAGUUUUAUGUACGUAAUCGCAGUGCUGUGCAUGCUCAAGAUCUAUCAGAAUCGUCACCCUGAUAUAAAUGCCAGGGCACCGGUGACGUUUGGAAUUCUGGCCCUUAUAAUAUUCGUAGGAUUAAUCGGAGUCUUGAAUGGCUCCACGUGUUUUUGGGUGAUAUUCAGCAUUCUGCAUUUACUCAUAUGUUUUAUUCUGACUGUACAAAUAUAUUACAUGGGACGAUGCAAAUUCAACAGAGGUGUUUUUAACAGAGUAAUACAGACCUUCAAACACGACGCGCGCUGCGGUAUAUGGCAUCUACUCCGACCGCUCUAUCCGGCUAGGUUUAUAAUGCUCGUAUUAGCGAAUUUAUGCAACGUCGGACUCGCGGUAUUCGGGAAUAUGUAUCACGAGAACAACUUCGCUACGUUUUUAUUAGCUAUACUAAUGUCUAAUUUAAUUUUAUACACCUUCUUUUACAUAGUGAUGAAGCUUUGCCAUAGAGAACGGAUUCUCCUCACGCCCGGGAUUUACAUUCUCUUAUCCAUGCUAUUUUGGGGAGCAGCUAUGUACUUCUUCGUGAAUAAGACUAUAUCUUGGGCUCUUACCCCAGCCCAGUCCCGUUUGUAUAAUAGACCUUGCGAAUUAUUGAACUUUUUUGAUUCUCAUGACAUCUGGCACUUUCUUUCGGCAUUAGCAAUGUUCUUUUCAUUCAUGGUAUUGCUUACUUUAGACGACGAUCUAAUAGACGUACAUCGCAGCCAAAUACCAGUUUUUUGAGAAUCUCUUUUGUAUAGAGCUGUAUAUUUAGAAUUAUGUAUAUAUAUAUAAUUUUAUAACUUGUUUUUACAAGGUUUGAAUAUAUACAAUGUAUAGUUUACUCGGGCAAUGUUACCAAAAAUGUAUAAAGCAUAUAAAAAACUCUUCUCUCUUUUGUGAUAGAAACGCGCCAUGAUUAUUGUCUGCACGAAAGGAUUACGCACGCAGGUUUUGGAAGCAGAAUGAGUGAUAUAAAUGCAUACAAAAUUCUAUAAGUUUUCCAUUAAAAUAUCUAAUAAACGAAAAAAAUGAAUUAUUAAGAGCCAGAUGCGAUUGAGUAAAAAGAAAGCGCACAUUUUUUUUCAUUCUAAUGAGAAUCUCCAUAAAUUUUAAUUAGAUUCUCAAAAAACUGAUUCUUAAUAGCCCAUUUUUUUAGUUAAAUAUUCAAAAGAAUCUUCGGUUUUAAAACAUAAUAAGUAAAAUCGAAAUUCUUCGAUGGCGCCUUUUUUUUAGGAGAUACGAUCAGAGUUUUAAAAUAUAAUUAUAUAUAAAAUAUGCACACACACAUAUACACCUU